GUGUUUGUGCGGCACCUGCUGGCGGGGUCUUCUCCGGCGCAGAGGCCGGGCUUGUAGGCACAGCAGAUCCGGAGGUCGCACUUUACAGAGAGUGCGGGCUGGCAGAGGCCGGCGGGAACGCGGCUGGGGCUAUGCUGGGCAAGGAUUAUAUGCUGGCCAUCAUUCUGGUCAACUGCGAUGAUGAUUUGUGGGGGGACCAGAGUCUGGAGGGGGAGCCAGGCCUACCCCCAGGAUGGCGGAAGAUCCGAGAUGCUGCAGGUACUUACUAUUGGCAUGUACCCAGCGGUAGUACCCAGUGGCAGCGCCCAACCUGGGAGCUAGGAGAUGCAGAGGACCCAGGCACGGGGACAGAGGGGAUUUGGGGAUUGCGGCCUCCCAAGGGGAGAUCCUUCUCCAGCCUGGAGAGCUCACUGGACCAGAGUAACUCUCUGUCCUGGUAUGGUGAGGAAUCCUACAUCCAGAGCAUGGAGCCAGGGGCUAAGUGCUUUGCAGUCCGCUCUCUGGGUUGGGUAGAGGUACCCGAAGAGGAUCUGGCACCGGGGAAGAGCAGCAUUGCAGUCAAUAACUGCAUUCAGCAGUUGGCCCAGUCUCGCAGUGGGAGUCAGCCCCCUGAUGGUGCCUGGGGUGAGGGCCAGAACAUGCUGAUGAUUCUGAAAAAGGAUGCCAUGAGCCUGGUGAAUCCCCUGGACCACAGUCUGAUCCAUUGCCAGCCUCUGGUGCACAUUCGUGUAUGGGGUGUGGGCAGCUCCAAGGGCCGUGACAGGGACUUCGCUUUUGUGGCGGGUGACAAAGACAGCUGUAUGCUCAAGUGCCACGUCUUUCGCUGCAAUGUCCCUGCCAAGGCCAUUGCCAGUGCCCUACAUGGGCUCUGUGCCCAGAUCUUGUCAGAGCGAGUAGGGGUCAAUGGUGAUGCUUCUUGCUGCUCUCCAGACCCUAUCUCUCCUGAAGACCUUCCACGGCAAGUGGAGCUGCUGGAUGCAGUGAGCCAGGCUGCUCAGAAGUAUGAGGCACUGUACAUGGGGACCCUGCCAGUCACCAAAGCCAUGGGCAUGGAUGUGCUGAACGAAGCCAUUGGUACUCUUACUGCUCGGGGUGAUCGGAACGCCUGGGUCCCCACCAUGCUCAGUGUGUCUGACUCUCUCAUGACCGCACAUCCCAUUCAGGCACAGGCAAGUGCAGAGGAGGAGCCACUGUGGCAGUGCCCUGUGCGCCUUGUGACCUUUAUUGGUGUUGGCCGUGACCCACACACAUUUGGCCUCAUCGCUGACCUCGGCCGACAGAGCUUCCAGUGUGCGGCCUUCUGGUGCCAGCCCCAUGCAGGGGGACUGUCCGAAGCUGUGCAGGCUGCCUGUAUGGUUCAGUACCAGAAGUGUCUUGUGGCCUCUGCAGCUCGAGGCAAGGCCUGGGGUGCCCAGGCUCGUGCCCGCCUGCGGCUCAAGCGGACCAGCUCCAUGGAUUCCCCAGGAGGCCCCCUGCCUCUCCCCCUGCUCAAGGGAGGGGUUGGAGGUGCAGGGGCAGCCCCUCGAAAGCGAGGUGUCUUCUCUUUCCUUGAUGCCUUCCGGCUGAAACCCUCUCUCCUCCAUAUGUCCUAAAUUGAUCUGGGAGGACUGGGUAAGGAGGUUAUGGGUCCAUGCCCAACUCUACCCCUUCAUUCCCCAGGGGCCUGCAGCCUUUCGCCCCUUGGAGCCUUCUCUGCCUGCCCUGCUGAUCCUUGACCGCCCUUUGUUUAUUUCCUAAUAUAUUGUUUAUAUGGAUGACUGAGAGGCCCUUCACCCCAUCCUGGGCUCCUGGCUCCCCUUUCCCUGGGUCCUUGUGUUCCUUGCCCCUGUCCAGCCCUGGACAGUUGGCUCUACCUCAGCAACACUUUAUAACAAAAUCAGUGCAAAUAAAAAUCCCUCAGUGACCUCA